UGCAUCAGCGUCUGCCAAGCUGGCCGCUGGGUGUGCAAGGACCUGCCGUGCCCGGGGACCUGCGCCCUGGAGGGCGGCUCCCACAUCACCACCUUCGAUGGGAAGAAGUACACCUUCCACGGGGACUGCUACUACCUGCUGACCAGGGGCGAGCACAACGACUCCUACGCCCUCCUGGGCGAGCUGGCGCCCUGCGGCUCCACGGACAAGCAGACCUGCCUGAAGACGGUGGUGCUGCUGGCGGACCGGAAGAAGAACGUGGUGGCCUUCAAGUCCGACGGCAGUGUGCUGCUGAACGAGCUGGAGGUGAACCUGCCGCACGUCACCGCGACCUUCUCCAUCUUCCGCCCUUCGUCCUACCACAUCAUUGUGAGCACCACCUUCGGCCUGAGGCUGCAGGUGCAGCUAGUGCCCAUCAUGCAGCUCUUCGUGACCAUAGACCAGACUGCCCAGGGCCGCGUCCAGGGCCUCUGUGGGAACUUCAACGGGCUGGAGAGCGAUGACUUCAAGACCGCGGGCGGGCUGGUGGAGGCCACCGGGGCUGGCUUCGCCAACACCUGGAAGGUGCAGGCCACCUGCCACGACAAGCUGGACUGGCUGGACGACCCCUGCUCCCUCAACAUCGAGAGCGCCAACUACGCGGAGCACUGGUGCUCGCUGCUCAAGAAGGCGGAGACGCCCUUCGGCAGGUGCCACUCAGCCGUGGACCCCGCGGACUACUACAAGUACCAGACAGAGUGCGUCAGCGGCUGCGUGUGCCCGGAGGGGCUGAUGGACGACGGCCGCGGUGGCUGUGUGGCGGAGAAGGACUGCCCGUGUGUGCAUAACAAGGACCUGUACUCCCCUGGGGGCAAGAUCAAGGUGGACUGCAACACCUGCACCUGCCAGAGGGGGCGCUGGGUGUGCUCCCAGCUCCUGUGCCACGGCACCUGUGCCAUCUACGGCAGUGGGCACUACAUCACCUUUGACGGGAAGCACUAUGACUUCGAGGGCCACUGCUCCUAUGUCGCAGCUCAGGACUACUGCGGCCAGAAUGCCUCACUGGGCUCCUUCAGCAUCAUCACCGAGAACGUCCCCUGCGGCACCACAGGCGUCACCUGCUCCAAGGCCAUCAAGAUCUUCCUGGGGAGGACAGAGCUGAAGCUGGAGGACAAACACCGCAUAGUGAUUCAGCGGGACCAGGGCCACCACGUGACCUACACCACGCGGGAGGUGGGCCAGUACCUGGUGGUGGAAGCCAGCCUGGGCGUCAUCAUCAUCUGGGACAAGAGGACCACCAUCUUCAUCAAGCUGGCUCCUUCCUACAAGGGCUCCGUGUGUGGUCUGUGCGGGAACUUCGACCAGCGCUCCAACAAUGACUUCACCACGCGGGACCACAUGGUGGUGGAGAGCGAGCUGGACUUCGGGAACAGCUGGAAGGAGGCGCCCACCUGCCCCGACUCGGGCAGCACCCCAGACCCCUGCUCCAAGAACCCGCACCGCCGGGCCUGGGCCGAGAAGCAGUGCAGCAUCAUCAAGGGCGCCGUCUUCCAAGUCUGCCACAGCAAGGUGGACCCCAAGCCCUUCUACGAGGCCUGCGUGCAGGACUCCUGCUCCUGCGACUCCGGCGGGGACUGCGAGUGCUUCUGCUCGGCCGUGGCCGCCUACGCCCAGGAGUGCACCAAGGCGGGAGCCUGCGUGUUCUGGAGGACGCCCGACCUGUGCCCCGUGUUCUGCGACUAUUACAACCCCCCCGACGAGUGCGAGUGGCACUACGAGCCCUGCGGGAACCGCAGCCUGGAGACCUGCCGCACGGUCAACGGCAUCCACUCCAACAUCUCCGUGUCCUACCUGGAGGCCCUGACCUGCCCGCAGCACCGCGAGUACCGGGCCUGCGGCCCCGUGGAGGAGCCCACCUGCAACCCGGGUGAGCAGAACACCACGGUGGAGGGCUGCUUCUGCCCCGAGGGCACCACGAGCUACGCGCCCGGCUUCGACGUGUGCGUGGACACCUGCGGCUGCGUGGGGCCCGACAACGUGCCCAGAGAGUUUGGGGAGCACUUCGAGUUCGACUGCAAGGACUGCGUCUGCCUGGAGGGCGGGAGCGGCAUCGUCUGCCAGCCCAAGCGGUGCGGCCAGAAGUCCAGCCCCACGUGCUCGGAGGAGGGCACCUACCCGGUCAUCGAGGUGGACCCCAUGGACACCUGCUGCAACGUCACUACCUGCAAGUGUAACGUCAGCCUGUGCAAGUCGGAGCCGCACCCCUGCCCACUGGGCUUCGUGGCCAAGAGCGAGAUGGUGCCUGGGAGGUGCUGUCCGGUCCACUCCUGCGUGCCCAAGGGCGUGUGCGUCGUUGGCAACGCCGAGUACCAGCCGGGCUCUCCAGUGUACGCCUCCAAGUGCCAGAACUGCCAGUGCACCAGCCAGCGCAACAGCACCACCCAGCUCAACAUCAUCUCCUGCAGUCACGUGCCCUGCACCACCACCUGCGACUUGGGCUUCGAGCUGGUGAAUGUCCCCGGGGAGUGCUGCGGGAAGUGCCAGCAGACCCACUGUGUCAUCAACCGGCCUGGCGGCCAUCACCUCGUCCUGAAGCCUGGGGACAUGGAGAGGCACCCAGGGAACAACUGCACCUUCUUCAGCUGCGUGAAGAUCCACAACCAGCUCAUCUCGUCCGUCUCCAACAUCACCUGUCCCGACUUUGACCCCAGCGACUGCCUGCCCGGCUCCAUCACCCUCAUGCCCAACGGCUGCUGCAGGACCUGCACCCAUCGCAACGAGACCCGGGUCCCCUGCUCCACCAUCCCGGUCACCAAGGAAAUCGUGCACGCCGGCUGCGUGGCCAAUGUCACCACCAACUACUGCGCCGGGUCCUGCGGCACCUUCGCCAUGUACUCGGCCGAGGUGCAGGCCCUGGACCGCCGGUGCUCCUGCUGCAAGGAGGCCAGCACCAGUCAGCGCGCCGUGCAGCUGCGGUGCCCCACGGGCGACCUGCUGCCCCACACCUACACCCACAUCGAGAGCUGCCAGUGCCAGGACUCGGUCUGCUCGCUCCCGCUGGCCCGCCGAGGCCGCCGCAGCGCACGGCCCCCCGGCCAGGCCUGAGCCCUCCGCUGCCGGCCACUUGGCUCCGGUGAUAUUUAUUUCUGAGACUGAUCACUUCUUUGAUUUCUGAAAAUAAACUUGU